AUCAGCUGUUUUGUGCGUAACAUUAGAAUCGCUAGAUAAAAAAAAGUUUAGCAAAUGAGGUAUGUAUCAUAUAUAGGACUCAUCUUCUUACUCUGAUUGUCUGAUCAAUAAUUAUGUUAAUUUUUCACCUAAAAAUAGCAUAAGGGGCAAUAUUGGUUAGUGAAGAGAUUGAUCAAGACAAUCACAGGCUGGAGCAUGGAUGCUAAAUUUUCCUAGCCAUUACGGUCGGAGCAUGGAUAAAUUUUCCUAGCCAUUAUGGCUGGAGCAUGGAUAAAUUUUCCAAGGAGCAUGGAUAAAUUUCCCUAGCCAGUAUGGCCGGAGCAUGGAUUAAAUUUUCCGAGCUAGUACGGCCGGAGCUGGGUGACUUUCCUCAGCCCCGACGGCCGGAAUAAGAAUCUCUAUGCCUCAACUUGAGGACAUUAUUUAAACAAAGAGGAAGUUUCAUUUUAGAGAACCAAAUUGAAUUAUAAAAACCCUGA